AUGGAGGGCCAACAAGGGUAUAUGACAUUGGCUCAGCGAAAACCACCACGGCUAGAACUUCCAGAAAUUGAAAGUCCACUGCCUGACUUUUCGGACAAUAAUGAAGCAAAGGUCACUCUCUCAGAGAAUGGAGCCAAACGAGCCUACGUGACGGAAGAAGAAAAUCCAAAACCACCUACCCCGGACCGCUACAGCCUCUUGGACAAGACUGGAAGAGAACCGCAAGAGAUAGCCAGCGCGUGGCGAGCGGGCAAUAAAGCUCGGAUCCCGUUCCUCAGCCUGUGCUGCCUGCUCAUCAUGUUUUUGAUUCUCGUCGCCAUGAUCAUAAUUCUGGUCGUUUCUGACGGCCAAGAUGUUGAGUCCUGGGGUGCCACAACUAUGAAAAUUGGCGGCCAUUCCCACUAUUGGCAGAUUGGCGUCAGUGCCUGGCUUGCGCUUGCCAACUUCCUCCUGUCAAAGACCCUCGCCAUCAUGUUUGCGGAAGCUGUUGCCGUUUCCUGGUGGGUGGACGCUAUCCGUGGCCAGACCUUGCAAAGACUUCAUUUCCGCUGGGCGGUCGGCAAUUCCAUACAUAAAGUCGCAGUGCAUUGGAGGCUAUGGAGCUGGAUAUGCGUUGGAAGUCUAGCGUUUACCAUAUUUGCUGGGCUGGAAGUGGUGCUACAACAAGCUAGUUCUUCAACGACAGUCUUAUCACUGAUACCUCGGAACAUGACCUCGGAGCUUGCUAGUGCUCUUCCGGCUGGCUUCUCUGGCGUAGUUGCGGCAGUUGGACACGAUGUCUUCGGUGUGGUUUAUUUCACGCAACCCUUUAUCCAAGUCCUUCAAGAUUACAAGAUCCAGUCCCCUGUCUCUCUUGAUUUGAAAGGGUGUGACUCUACUUCUAAUGUCUCAUGCACCACGCGACUACCCGGAGUGGGCUUCCAGUAUACCUGCAAUGCGACCCGGAGUUCGCUGCUGGAUCCAUUAUCCGACGAUUCAGGUUCUGUUCAACAACCUAACAACACGGUUUUUCAGGUGAAUGUCACCGCUGGGAUUGAUUGGGAGAUUGGUCUCAGCGCCCUCUGGCAGGACAAGAGAGGUUACCAGGGUGAAACGAUCACGAACCGACAUUGCACUCUCCUGCCGGCUUUGGUGGAGUAUCCAAUCAAUGUUACCCAGGGGGUCGCAACUUUACAGGCAGCCACCUCUCCUGUAGAAUGGACAACUUCUCCCACGAAUCCCGACGAUGAAGCUCUUCUGGUCGAUAAAGUCCUGAGUCUGCUUCCUAUUCCAGAUCAUGAAAAAACACUGAUGCACAUCUGGAUCAACGAGGACGACCCGAAUGCUGGGCUACACAGCACGCUGGGAGGUAUAGGGCUCGCAUUUUCCAGUCUUUUUGGCUCGAGCAUCGUCGUCAAGAGCGAUGUCACCAACUUUGGCUCUGACGUUGCGGUGACGGGGUCCUUCGCGGCGCCCUACGCCAUUUUCGAGUACGGCACAGCCAAUAUUGAUAACACACUGAACAACACAUACGCCUCCCCGAUGGAUGCGUUGCUUUCGAACAUAAGGGAUAUCAUGUUCCGCAGCUCCGUGAUGAUCGCAACGCAAAAGGUGGGCGAUUAUAAGUUCCCGAACUCAUCCUACAACCUAGACAUCCAGACAUCAAAUGUCCCAGUUCAGAAUGUCACCGGCCUGGGUGAAUACCGGAUCUACCACACAGUAUACAAGACGAACAGAACCGUCCUCGGCGUCGCAGUUGGGCUUAUGCUGCUAGCCAUCCUGGCCAUCCUGCCUCUCUACGACGGCUACUGGCUACUAGGCAGGAAUGUUAGCCUGUCGCCCUUCGAAGUGGCCAAGGCAUUGCACUACUCGACGAUUGUCGACGAUCAAACGGGCACGAGAAACCCCUACAGUGUUCUUGACAUGGACAGCGGGCCGGACCAGGUGCCACAAUCCGGCUCGAAUCUAUCCGCGGACGAACUUGUCAAGGUCCUGGGGUCCAGGAAGGUGCGGUAUGGCGAGGUGGCCCCCAAUGUUCUCGGGGUGGGCUUGAUCGAGUAUACCGAUCCGCCCAAAGCAGGAAGGCUUUACGAUUAA